AUGCCCCUACUAGCCAAAUUGUUAUCCUUUAACACGUUAAAAGCUCCCGUUAAGAAGAAAGCGAAGAAUCCUUAUAUUCGCUAUCAUGUUGACCCGUAUUCCGAAUGGGAAAAACUUGGCGAAUUGGGCGAUGGCGCAUUCGGCAAAGUCUACAAGGUUCGUCAUAAAGUGAGUGGAACGAUUGCUGCAGCUAAGAGUAUCAGUAUCGAGAGUGAUGAAGAUUUUGAAGAUCUUACCGUGGAAGUUGACAUCUUAAGCGAAUGCAAGCAUGACUAUCUUGUCGGCCUUUAUGAAACCUAUUACUACGACAAUAAUAUAUGUAUGAUGAUCGAAUUUUGUUCCGGUGGAGCUAUUGAUAACAUCAUAAUGGACCUUGAUCGAAGUUUAAGUGAAAGUGAAAUUAAAGUGAUUUGCAGGCAAACAUUAGAGGUAUUACAAUCACUGCAUGCUAAGCACGUUAUUCAUCGAGACUUAAAGGCAGGUAAUAUAUUGCUAACCGAAGGUGGCAUCGUUAAACUAGCCGAUUUUGGUGUAUCUGCAUAUUGUAAGAGUUCACAAGAGAAAAGAAAUACACAUAUUGGUACCCCAUACUGGAUGGCUCCGGAGGUCAUAUCAUGUGAGACUGAUAAACAAUCGCUCUAUAAUACCCAGGCGGAUAUAUGGUCGUUAGGUAUAACUUUAAUUGAACUAGCAGAAUCGCAACCGCCGUACGCAGAGAUGCAACCAACUCGUGUAUUAUUUAAAAUUGUUCGUGCAGAACCUCCAAUCCUUGCUUCUAAUACAAAAUGGUCAGAUAGUUUUCAUGAUUUUCUGCGCAAAUGCCUGGUUAAGGAUCCUUCUGGACGCUCUACCGUAGAGCAACUCCUAAAAGUAAGUAUUUAA